AUGGUGACGGACACACGCUCGUCCAUCAGGCAGAGCGGUACGACGCCCCUUGGUUCCUCCUCGUAUGUGUGGACCGACUACUCCUCCCAUCCGCCCGCCCCUCCCUCGACUUGCGUACCCUCGACUGUUCGCACUCCCGCCCUCGAUGCCACGCACUCCCGCCACCCACCCUGUGGACCAUCCACUUCUCCAUCCACCCACGACUCGCUUGAAACAAUGCCGGAUCAGCUCAAUGUCGACACUUGUUUGCAGGACAAAGCAGGACGAGAAUUGGCGGCGCGCUGUCCGGGGCGCCCAGUCGCUCCACGCGGCCCAGGCUCCCCACAGCCCAAAUUCGCCGAAGGUGAAUUUGGGCUUGGUGGGGAGCCUGCUGGCCGCAGACAGCACGCGGCCGCCGCCUUCGCCGGCCUCAUUUCCUUCUUUCCUCCUCUCCCUCUCCUCCUCUCUCGUGCUCUUGAUGCUGACAUUUGA